AUGGACAAUUCGACAUCUUCAGUCAUCAACAACCUCAAGUUCACCAUUGCUAAGCAAGUUCGGUCUAUGAUUACUAUCCUUGCUGGGUUUAAUACUGCCAUGGCUUUGAUACUGGCAAUCAUCAUCUUUCGGAAUUGCUAUAAAGCGACAAAGCAAAAUGACCCGACUUUCCGUCUUCGUGCUUCCUUUUUCCACGUUAUAGACGUAUCGGAGAUAUUCCCGUUUGUCCUAUCCAUUGGCAUAGCGGUACAGGGGAUUAUCUACAUCGCUUGUCAGACCAAAGGCCUUGAAGGUUUGCUUAUACUUGGAUGCACGUCCAUUUCUCAGGCCAUGCUACUAGCCCUAUUUCUGGUACCGUAUAUCCAGCUUUUCUUUGGGCUGGAGACGGUUGUACAGGCGCUGAGGCCGCGGCCGUUUCCACGAACUUCUAAAUGGGCCAUAUUUGCCUGUCUCUUCCUUGUUCUCAUUGGAACAUUGGCCAUGUUCGUAUUAACGCGCGUCAUUGAGGCUCCCGAUUUUUGCUAUGCAUCUCUCUUCUGGUUUGUCCAAACCUGGAGACUCGAAUCAGCUAUUCUCCUGACUACAAUCGCUUGUAUCUUGAUCAUUGGGGCUGUCAUCAUAUUCGCUCGGCUACAUCAAGGUGCUUCAGUUGGCCAUGUUGAAAGGGCGGCCGCAUCCAGAAUGGUAUACUAUAUGAUUCUAGGCGCUAUAUUAAACGGGUUGACGGCUCCCUACUUCUUCAGCAUCUUGUCUCAAAACCCCAUGGCAUUAACGACUCUGCAAUUGGAUUUGAACAUGGUCUCUUCGGUGGCGAGCAACGUGUCGGGAAUCACCUUUGGCGCUCUCUAUCUAUUUCUUCGCUCCCGCAAGAUGCAAAAGACUGGACCGCUUGGACAUGUUGAGGUUGGUGGCCCACGAGAAAAGUCUAUUGAUUCUUGGCCUGGGUCGGACAUUUUCAACAGGCAAAUCGGACAGCCCGUCUCGCCGGCGAGAAUAGUCCAAUCGCGCGCAAGCACGACGAGGUCAGCAGCCAGCGAAGAAAAGAGAAGCAUUGACGGACAAGGCACAACAUUCCACGCAAUAUCUGACGGAGAUGCUGCUGACGGCUUUGAUUUGGUAAAUGUGCCUUUGACGCCGGUUAUGCCUCGAGCCCGGAAAGACUCUUAUAGCUUGUUUCCAAACCAACGGGAAACGCUCGACAUUAAAUCCCAGAGCACCACUAUUCUUCCCUCUACAACCUACUCGCCAACAAGAAGCAAUAGCAACGAGGCACUGGGCAAUCAGAUGUUUGACUUUGAAGACCUGUUACCGCCGCCUACAAUCCGCGUUUCAGGGGCUCCCAGACACAACCGCGACUCUUCUUUGGUCUCUGGUCUGACCGUCCAGAUUGGCCUCAGAGUAUCCAACCUCAGCGAC